AUGGCUAUUCAACAGUCCAACAACUCUGGUCAAGGCUCUGGUCAAGGCGGUUCCAGCCGUCCGCGACCUGGUCACGGCCAUGCAACACCGAGCGAUGAUGCUCGCCCGCAGCAGAUCAACAGCGAAGCUACGGCGCAGGCAACUCGUCAGGAAAAUGGAGAGCUUAGUAGCCAGCAUGGCAAAAACUCUACCAAGAAUCGUGGCAGAGGUGGUGCCUCUUUCCACGGCGGAUGGGCUGGCCCUCGCGGGGGUCGAUCUCACCGUGGUGGUCGAGGGGGUUACCGCGGCGGGCGCCAUGGCGAACACCGGGCUCGGGUACCCGACUAUAGGCCUCUUGAUUGUGUUCCGAAGUCCAGCCAUGCUCAAGUGGCAGACCUUGGUGGUGCGGUGGCUAGCCGCUUGACCAGCAACUCACUGGAGGGUGGUGAAACCAAUCACUGGUUCAGUAACAGAGACGCAGGAAAGGUCUGGGGUGUAACUUGUGGUGGUGGCGUCGACGACGUGAUUGACGAUGUCAUGAAACGAACUGGUGCCACCUCUUGCCAGUUUUUCCUCAUUCCAAACACUCCUGGCCGGUUCGAUCAAAUUGCUGCCAAGGCGGUUGAGAUGACCUGGGAGGACAACAGUGGCUAUAAUGACCAGGGCAAGCCUGCUGGUAUUCUCCGACACGGUGUCACCGAAAAGAAGAAGCCCAUCAAGUGUGCCGCUUGUGGUAACAAGCGUCACACGCUGGCCACCUGCUUCUCCAGACCUGGUGGAAAGGAUGGAGAGCAGAGCGGGUGUCCACGAUGUGACACUAUUGCACACCAUGGAGGCGACUGCAAAGAGAUUGCAGCCCUCCCACUUCAUGAACAGGUCAAGAUUCUCGUCUGCCAGCGAAGCAACAUGAGCCCUUUCAAGGGACAGAAACCUUGGUGGAGACUCGUGCACGAAUACGCCACGAGUAAGCACUAUACUCCUAACACCAUCACUUUCCUGCCAUGGUCCAAGGAGUUUACUCUCGAAAUGGCCAAGUCCAGACGCAUUACGUCAAUGCAGAUGAGGCACGAUACAGUAGCAGGAUAUAAGCUUCCUAUAGAUCAAGCUACUUUUGGCGCAGGUCCCGUGUAUUGGAAGUACUGGCAGGCCAACAACCUGGCAUGGCCUUCUGUCUUCGGUCCCAUUCCUCCUCCUCCUCGGACUGGAGCUGCCCCUGGAGCUACCCCUCAUGCUAGCACUGGUCCUGUUAUCGGUACCCAGCCUCCUGCCUCCUGA